GCUACGUGCGGCGACGUGGCGGCGAGGCCGGCGCCCGGCGGCGGAAGUGGCUCUCGCGCUGGGGCUGGAGUGUUUGUGUUUUGGUUCGCGGAGGAGCCGGCGGCGGGCCUGAGGGGAGGAGGGAGGAGGAGGAAGAAUCAGUGGGAGCUCGAGCGCCGGGCGGCGGCGGCGGCGGCGGAGGAGGAGAGAAAGGAAAGAGGAAGGCGGAGCGGAGAGAGGCGGGGACGGAGCCCGACGGGGGCGGCACCGCGGCGCGAUCCCCGCACCGUCCAGUCUGAGGGGAGCGGCGCGACUGGAGGACACGCCGCCGCCGCCGCUCUUUAGGCCCUGCCUGGGCUGCGCCUGGAACCUGCAGCCGGAGCUUCAGCGCCGCAGCUCCACGCGCGGCGAGCCCAGGUUUCUUUACCUCCAGAAAGAAAAGAAUUGACAUCUUGCAUCCUGGAAGUUCAUUUAAGAAACUGAUAUUAGUGACUUCUUUCAAAUUUGGACAUGGCCAAUCGAGGAGCAGCAAGACCCAACGGGCCAAACACUGGGAAUAAGAUCUGCCAGUUUAAACUGGUGCUUCUGGGGGAGUCUGCUGUUGGCAAGUCGAGCCUUGUGCUUCGUUUUGUGAAGGGCCAGUUUCAUGAAUUUCAGGAGAGUACCAUCGGGGCUGCUUUUCUAACUCAAACAGUGUGUCUUGAUGACACGACGGUAAAGUUUGAAAUAUGGGACACGGCUGGCCAAGAACGGUACCACAGCCUGGCGCCCAUGUAUUACAGAGGAGCCCAGGCCGCCAUAGUCGUGUACGAUAUCACAAACGAGGAGUCCUUUGCCAGAGCCAAAAACUGGGUUAAAGAGCUUCAGAGGCAAGCCAGUCCUAACAUUGUAAUAGCUUUAUCAGGAAACAAGGCCGAUCUGGCAAAUAAAAGAGCUGUCGACUUCCAGGAGGCACAGUCCUAUGCGGAUGAUAACAGUUUAUUAUUUAUGGAGACAUCAGCUAAAACAUCAAUGAAUGUAAAUGAAAUAUUCAUGGCAAUAGCUAAAAAGUUGCCAAAGAACGAACCACAGAAUCCAGGAGCAAAUUCCCCCCGAGGAAGAGGAGUCGACCUCACUGAGCCCACGCAGCCCACCAGGAGUCAGUGCUGCAGCAACUAACCCUCCAGUGUAAACUCCCGGAAUGUUCUUCUGCUUCCUAAUUGUUAAUAACAGUGGAAUUGGAGCAUUUAACCAGCCCAGUGUGACUUCCAAAAAGAAGAGGCUUACCAAUAGUCAAGUUUCUAAUACAGAAUUAUUUUCAGUGUUUUGACCCUAAUCAUUAGUGGCAUGCGUGCGGCCCUCUGACCGUGUCUCGGCAGUGAGGGGCGGGGAGCCGUGUGCACGGCUGUCUCCUUGGAAGGUUAGCAGGGUUCACUGCUCUUCUCCAGGGAUGUAGACAAAUGACUCUGAAGCCACAGUGAACCAGCCAGUUCUGUGAAAAAAAUUUGGAACUUACUCAUUUGGGCUUUUCAGAAAAAACUUCUUGCUUUGGAAGGAAGUUCUAAAGAUAUUUAUGCUUAGCUGCCAUAUCCAGGCAACCUGUAAUUUCUCUUAGUGUCCUUAUUUAAAGUAUACAUUCCACAUUUUAACAAAUUUGCCACAAGGAAACAGUCCCACAUCUUCAGUGGGAAGAGAUGAACAUUAGUGGCAUCUAAAUUACAGCUAAUCCUGUUGUUUUUUAAAAUGGGGUAAAAUGCAUCUUAAAGGAUAGUGUUCCCUUCAAACAUGUGAGUUCUUCAACAAAAUGAAACAAACCAGGUGUCUGUGAUUUCUGUGUAAUCACUGCUGGCCAUUGCAUAGGUUUUGUUUGGGUGUAGGGAGGGGGCCUUUGUGCCCUUUGGACAUGAGUAUAGUCAGUGCACUAACAAUUAUGGACAGUCAAGCUUGAUCAUUUUAAAUCCGCUCUUCAGCUGCACUGUAAAUAGGGGCCUGCUUUGUCGUCUCCAUGUAUGUUUAUUACUUUUCGGUAAUAUUUAAGAGUUGCUUAAAAGUAUACAAAAUGUACAGUUACUAAAACAGCUAAUUUUUUCCUUUUCUCCCCCUUUGAAAGGAAGGGGCUUCAAUUGUUCCUACCUGGCUAGAACCAUGAUAAAAAAUAUACCAGUAAUUUGUAACAUAAGUAUUGGAUAUGUUAGUAACAACCUUGCAGCCUUGUUUUCCAAAGUUCAUUUUAUUUUGAUCAGUAUAUUGCACUAACUGUUUUAGGCAUUUUCAUUAUAUGAAAUCUACCAUGUGUCAGAGAUGAUUUAAUCUAUUUAAGUGUUGAACUGCUAGCAGACUUGUACAUCUACAGUGAUUCCGAAUUAGUAAGGAGAACAGUUCACCAGUGCUUAGUUUCAUGUUGAGGUGCUCAGGUUGGAAUAAAGUGGUAUUAAAAAGCAA